UGCAGGUCAGUUCUGGAUAACGCUACCGCGAAAUGAAUGCAACUUAGAUCCAUAUCUCAAUUAUCUAAGGUAUUGUCUUCGGAAUCAAGACAUCGUUUUGACUGUAUAUAGCGUGGAUUCAGUCGCAUAGAGAGAUAUACACAGUGUCAAGGCCAGACGUUGUCAUUAAAAUAAUACGGACUACUUAUAUCCAAGUCCACAAAGCCUUUUCAAAACGAAAUUUUCGUUAUUUUUCUUGUUCGGCCAUUCGCAUGUAUUCAUUUAAUUGCUUACACGAAAGCCUAUAAGGGGAAGAAAAUUUCCUUACAUGAGCAUUGCAUCAUUGUUCAAGUGCAUUAUCAGCUCCUUUUAUCAUCAACAAGUAGAAAAUAGAAUUGAUAGACGUUGAUUCGGUGGUUAAAUGCUAGAGAUGACGAUUGAGUCUUCAGUUUGGAUGUAACUCACCCUGGUAAUAUGCCCCAGUCUCACUCUAAUAAUAUUAUGUUCAACGUCUAUCAUCUCGCUUACGUGUCUCGAAAUCGCAUAUAAACUGACAAUUUGAAGGUUUAAUGCUUUUUGUAGGGUUAUCAGUGGUAUUAAAAAAAAAAAACUUUCUCUCUCCUUUCUUCUACCUAGCUCCUUAUCUUCCCCCUUUAAUUGAAGUUGAUGAGCACAAAUAUAUUGUCUUUAAAUACUGAAGCGAUGAUUCUGUUUCUAACUUGUUGACAUGCCAAAUGAAACUAAUCAUAUUUCACGUCAAGUGCACACAUGAUAAUUGCAAAACUUCUAACGGAAGUACAGAGACCAAAUUACAUCUGCGAAAAGUAUGAUGUUAGGAAAUUAUAGCGAAACUCGAUCUGCUUAAUUGAAUGUGAAAACGCAAAUGUUGAGAAAAUGGAGUCCGAUCUAGAGAACGAGAUUAAUGCCAUGACUACGACAUCGUCACCGGACGGAGAAAGUUCUUUCGAUGACGUCGAAGGUUGGUCUGUGAGUCGCAUUGAAAACAGCUCUUUAGUACGUUCCAUAUACGGUCUUAUCGCCAUCAUUGGGAUGAGCGGCAACGCGCUCGUCUGCUUCGUCCUCUUGCGCGUCCCGUCGUUGCGUACCCGCACGAGCCAAUUCAUCGUCCAUCUCGCCGUGACCGAUUUUAUGACGUCAUUUUGGGUGAUACCAUUCCAUCUUUUCCCGUUCACGCCACCCAUCCCUGAGGGGUUUGCCGGGGAGCUCAUGUGCCGAUUCUAUGUCUCUAAAUACCUUAUGUGGGUCACCGUGUUUGCCUCCGUGUACAGUCUUGUCUCAAUCACUCUCGAGCGCUACUUCGCCAUCGUUCACCCCAUUAAGUACAAGACAACUUUCUCCUUCAAGUAUUCCAUCGUCAUCAUGAUCGGAUGCUGGUUGGUGGGGGCGAUAUCUAACUCGUUUUUCUUCUACGUCUACGAUUUCGAGGAUGGGGCAUGCCAUUUCGUGCCCUACCCAACUGAUUCUCUUAAAAAGGUGAUAGGAGUAUAUAUCUUCUUAUUGAUCUACUUCAUUCCCAUUACACUGAACCUGUUUUGCCACGCAAAGAUGAUACGAUCGCUGAGACAGCAAGCUAAAGCCCUGGACGGAAAUAUGUUUCAAGGUAACGAUGGCAACGGUCUUAAACAAAAGGAAGCUUGGCAACUCAAGAUCGCACAAGACGUUCAGCGAAUGCUUCUCGUCGUCGUAGUCACCUUCAUGAUCUGCUGGGCGCCAAACCAGUUCAUCUUCUUAGCUUUCAACCUCGGUGCCAACGUCGACUUCGCCUCCUGGUAUUACCACUUCUCCGUCAUCCUUGCCAUCUGCAACUCGUGCAUGAAUCCUUUCAUCUACGUGUUCAAGAACAAGGAGUUCAGACACGGCAUCGCCAAGGCGGCGGGAUGCGAGAAGGCGGUUCGACGGUUUGCUAACCGAGUCCGGCCGGCUGAUGAAGUUGUUGAAACCGGGACUGCGGGAAGCACCGAUAAGACCGCUGUCACAACUCAAAAUACGGCGAGCUCUCGAGUAGCAUUCAACUCGAGCAACUCGUGAAUGCGCAAUCCGAAAAAAAUUAAAGGCAUAAGUUAAUAUUGAUCUGAGCUACAAGGUCCCACUUGUCACAUGUGUCUGUUAUUUUAUAUUAAAAAAAAAAUAAAGCCAAGAAUAGUUUGGUUCUCCUACAAAGUGAAUUAUAAAGUCGUGGGAAACAUCAUUCAGUAAAUAUUUUAAUAACAGAUAACCUGACAAUUUCUGCACAAAUUUUCAUUUUUAUUUUCUUGGUUGUUUUUUCAUUUAUAACUUUAAAAUUAAAAAGUUCAACAUUUUUUUGCUAACCUAUGCCUUCAUGCAUCAUGAUCAUUUUCCAGAAGUGUUUUUCAGUGACCUAUUAUUAGCAAGUUUCCGCAACUAUUACGCAGACGCUUUCUGGAACGUUGACAUUUUGUUUGAUAAUGCUCGUCAAAUCACGAUGGCUGAGAGGUCUUUGCCGGAAAUUGGUGAACCGGGACAGCAGAUCGUCCUAAGAUUCGGAGCUGACGAUAAAUUGCAACUAUGUCGUAUUGUCCUGAGUCCAUGACGACACUGCUUUUUUUAUAUUCACAGGUUUUAGACAAAGGCUGCUUUGUCAUGAAGGGCUUUUGACAAUACCCUACGUUCUCUGCGUUCCAAAAAGCGUCUUCGUAGUGGUUAAAAAACCCACCAUAUUGACAAUCAGUUAAAGACCCGGCUGUGAUUGAGUCAAGGCAAACGUCAUCCGACCAGGGGCACCCACUACAAAGUAGGUAACACUCUCGUAACUACACGAAAGCACGUGAAACGGUGAAUUUUAGCGGCUGAGCGAUGUACCCACGUACAGCUAGUGAAAAGGGUAUCUAAUUUGCCAAAAUCAGGGGGGUGCAAUUUUCAACACUGGAUACACUGGAAUAGCCUGGAAUAUUUUGAUUCAUUAGUGGGUAAAAAAAAAUACUUCAUGGUUGUCUGAGCGAGACUCUGAAUUAUUUUUAAGGUCCAUGUUGAAUGUCCCUGUACGACAAUGACGAUGGCCUUCUUAUGUCAGUGCCCCCCCCCCCCCCCCACCGAAACUACCACCAAUAAGCCAAAAAAAAUCCUCAUAGGGUGUUUUUUACGCCCGGUCUGUUUAGGCUUAAACGUUCCAUUAUCUGGUCACGAAAUAUGACUUCAAAUCUGAACCGAAUCAUCGGGGAUUUUUUGUUAAAGCUACAUUUUGAUUUAUUGCUCGAUUUACAAAUUGCAUGCAUUUAUUUUUUACUUCAUUUUUUCAAUCAUUAUUCGAAUGUAUAGAUACUAUUAUGUACAGUGUAGUCUAACACCCUAUUAGCCACUAAAAUCAAAGAAUAGAAAGAUCUUGUGCACAUAGUCGAACAUUGGUUAUGUAUGUCUAUAUUAUUUAUUCGUAUUGACAAAAUGAUGCAAAAAAUAAGGGGUAUCACGAUGUUCAUUGUACAUAAUUAUUUUUGUAAAAGUGUAUUAUCAUGACUUGGGAAAUCACCCGACUUUUUACAUUCUUACCUUGUACAUGUAUUAUGGUCACUACGUACACCACCAGUUUACAGUGUUGUUCACGCAAUGUUUAUUGGAAUAAUGCCAGUUAGUGUAUUGAAUACAAACGAGACCUCCCCCCCCAAAAAAAAAAAAAAAAAAAAAAAAGUUUCACCGGGGGCCCAAUGCGAACUGAUCUGUAAUCAAACGCAAUUUACUUUUCAACCAAUCAGAAUCGUUCAUGUUUGACUUGCUUUCUGAGUUGCGCUUAAAUACAACUGUUAAAGCAACAGUCCCCUGUGUUUCACAAUCUCUUCCCCCCCCCCCCCAAAAAAAAAAUGAUAAUAAAAAAUAGUAGAAUGUAAAUACUGUAUAUUUUUAUUUAUAUAAGAAAGGACGUAAUAUAUUUUAUACAUUUAAUUUGAAGUUGUUUAAGAGGUGGUCUGCUCGCGUUCAAACCUUCUGUAAUAGAGUCGUUAUACAGUUACACGUCAAAUCGAUUGUUGCACAAUCAUGAUUGAUGAUCACAUAAAAAAACCAUAAUAUCACAGUGACUAUCAUUUUGUAUCCCUAAUUUUCGAUCAAUCAUUCAUUGCAAGUUUGUCCAUACUUGAAGCACACACAGUGGCGUACCUAGGAUUUUUCACAGGGGGGCAAAACCGUCCGCCAAAAAAUUUGACAAGAAAAAAAAAGAGCUUCAAGGUCGUCAGGGGGGCAAUAAAGGUCUUCAAGCUCGUCAGGGGGGCAGGGAUACGUCCUUUGCAUGGGUUGUGGCUCGUCAGGGGGGCAGACUGUCCCCUCUGCCCCCCCGUAGGUACGCUAGUGAGCACACAAUUUCAUCACGCAUGGUACUUUUUUUUAUUCGAGGAAGCACUGUGAACAUCUUAUUACCCAUAACGUAAUAAAGUUUAUUGAAAUAAAAUUAAUUUGCGGGUUCUUUUGACUGGCUAGCUAGGAAUAUUCUGGAAAGGAAAUUAUGUACUGAGCUGCAACAACACGUCAUUCGCUAUUGAGCU